UGUCAGUCUCUCUCCUGCUUGCAGAGGAUCAACAUGGCUGCGAGCUUCAGCAGGAGGACCGGACUCUUCCUCCUGAGCCGCUGUAGGACCGGACCGGUACUCCACAGGUGCCUCUCCUCCUCCUCCCCCCAGACACCACCGGGCACCUGGAGCUCCCAGCUGUCCCGGCUGUCGCACCGGGACUUGUACCGGCUGUCGGUCACGGACCCGGAUCAGUUCUGGGGCUCCGCUGCUGCUGACAGACUCCGCUGGGUGAAACCGUUCCACCGGGUCCGGGACUGUGAGCUCCGCAGCGGGAGGAUCAGCUGGUUCCUGGGAGGGAAGCUCAACGUGUCCGUAAACUGCCUGGACGUUCAUGUUGAGAAACAUCCGGACCGAGUGGCUCUAAUCUGGGAGCGAGAUGAACCUGGCACUGAGGUGAAGGUCACCUACAGGGAGCUGCUGGAGACAACCUGCCGCUUCGCCAACACCCUCAAGAGCCAUGGGAUCCAGAAAGGGGACACGGUGGCCAUUUACAUGCCUGUGUCGCCGCUGGCAGUGGCAGCCAUGUUGGCGUGUGCGCGUAUCGGUGCUGUGCACACGGUGGUGUUCGCUGGCUUCAGCUCAGAGGCUCUUGCAGGAAGAAUCCAAGACGCUCAGUGUAAAGCAGUGGUCACGUGUAAUCAAGGUGUGCGCGGCGGCCGACUCAUCGACCUGAAGUCCACGGUGGACGCAGCGGUGAAGAAUUGUCCGAGUGUCCGCCACGUGUUCGUCUCUCAGAGGACAGAAACUCCCGCCGUGAUGGGACGGCUGGACGUCCCCCUGGAGGAGGUGAUGUCCCAGCAGUCUCCCGUCUGUCCUGCGGAGCCUCUGGACAGUGAAGAUCUGCUGUUUCUUCUCUACACGUCAGGAAGCACCGGAAAACCUAAAGGCAUCGUCCACACACAGGCUGGAUACCUGCUGUACACAGCACUCACACACCAGUAUGUGUUUGAUUAUCGGGACGGCGACGUGUUCGGCUGUGUGGCGGACGUCGGCUGGAUAACGGGACACAGUUACGUGGUGUACGGGCCGCUGUGUAACGGCGCCACCACCGUCCUGUUCGAGAGCACGCCUGUUUACCCGAACCCAGGCAGGUACUGGGAGAUGGUCCAGCGUCUGAAGAUCUCUCAGUUUUACGGAGCUCCGACGGCUCUGCGGCUGCUGCUGAAGUACGACGAGAGCUGGGUGAAGAAAUACGACCGCUCGUCUCUGAGGACGCUCGGAUCAGUGGGAGAGCCCAUCAACCAUGAGGCCUGGCACUGGUUCCACAGUGUGGUCGGAGAUGGACGGUGUCCUUUAGUGGACACCUGGUGGCAGACAGAGACCGGCGGAGUCUGUAUCGCACCUCGUCCCGCAGAGGAAGGAGCUCCGAUCGUUCCUGCGAUGGCGAUGAGGCCGUUCUUUGGCAUCCAGCCGACUCUCCUGGGAGAGAAGGGUGAACCUCUGUCCGGUAACUCUGUGAGUGGCGCUCUGUGUAUCGGCCAGCCGUGGCCUGGAAUGGCUCGCAGCAUCUACGGAGACCACCAGAGAUUCGUCGACGCGUAUUUCAAACCGUAUCCCGGUUAUUAUUUCACCGGUGACGGAGCGUACCGGUCAGAGGACGGUUACUACCAGAUAACCGGCCGCAUGGAUGAUGUCAUCAACGUCAGCGGCCAUCGCCUCGGCACGGCGGAGAUAGAGGACGCUCUGGACGAACAUCCAGCUGUUCCAGAAACAGCUGUGAUUGGAAUCCCACAUGACAUCAAAGGAGAAGUGCCGUUUGCCUUCGUGGUCCUGAAGGAGGGGUUUGGUGACGACCCCCCCGCCAUCCUGCAGCAGCUCCGAGAACUCGUCGCCACCAAGAUCGCCAAAUACGCCGUCCCCGAGCACUUCCUGGUGGUGGCGAGGCUGCCUAAGACUCGCUCCGGGAAGAUCAUGAGGCGGAUCCUCAGGAAGGUUGCUAUGGAGACGACCGGUGACCUCGGUGACGUGUCGACGUUGGACGACCCGUCUGUCGUCACGGAGAUCAUCAAGGCUCACGAGCAGCACAGGAAGCAGCAGCAGAGAAAACAGGAGGAGAAGAAGAAGUAGGAGGAGGAGAUAAAAAAUAUAUAACAAAAACAUUGAAUUCUCUGCUACGCUGUGGAAUUAAUGAGCUUUUUUCUCUGUGGGAGUCCUUGUGGUUCACUGUUCCACAUCCUUUAAAGAGCUUGUUGGAGUCAGUGGUGUGUAAAUUACGUUCAUAUACAAAAAUCAUAAUAUUAUUGUUAUAAACUGCAACAGCUAGAAACAUAAUGCUGCAGGAUCACAUCUUCACUCAACAUAAUGAGAAAAUGUUUAAUAACAUGUUAAAGUUGCACAAAGUGUUGAUACUGAAGGUUGUGUGUAUUAGAUAUUAACGGCUGAAAAAUUAAUGUAUUUUGCUCCAGCAGCUGGAAACUCAGGUCGACACGUUCACAGAUGACAACUUACACACAGACAUGUUUACAGGUAGUCUUGUUCCAGUUUUAUCCUCAUAAACAUGUUUCAGGCUGUAAAAACUGAACCCUGACUGAGACCUCCUCAGUCUCUGGUGCUCAUAAUUUUGGGGGGAAUCUAUCUCCACAAGGAGCCACAUAACCGUUCAUUAAAAUAACAUUAUUAAGAUUUAAUAGACUUUGCUCAUGAGGUUCAGUUGAAUGAAAACUUUUCACUGAAGUGUUUUUCUGUUGUUUUCUGUCUGAAUGUUUCUGCUCAGUAGAGACGGACGUCUGAGCUCUGAGAACAAAUCAAAAGCACGUUUCAAAUAUCACCUUUAUUUUGGAUUUUUAUUGAGAGAGAAGAAGAAUCAAAGCUGUGCCUUGUGAAAUGAAAUGACAUCAAUAUUUUAAUUCUCAGAUCAAACUCACAUUCUUGACUUUCUGAAGAACUUUCACAUAAAAUCUGAACUUUGACAUUAAAUGUGGGAAAUUUUUAGGUCUGAAACUGAAUCAACGAAAUCAGAACUGUGAGAAACUGAAGAUGAAGAGUUUUAUAAUAAUAUUUGUAUUCAAGUCAAAUAUUAGAAACUUUCCACAUUCAGUGUUUCAAUUCUGAAAUGAUUUAUUUAAUUCUUUUGUUGUGAUUUUUUUAUGUAACAGAGAAACACAUUUAUUGUGAUGACACGAACAGAUUUGAUAGAUUUACAGGUUGAAGUUCAAACAGUUUGUUGACAGUUGAUGUUAAUUAAUGUUGUCUGUUCAUUAAAUUCAUUGUUAAUUGUAUCAUCUGCUCUUUGUAUCAUUCAGAUGUAAAUAUACAGAAAUAAAUAUUUACUAAUAAACAUGAAUAUAUGUAACAUUGUGAUGUAA